AUGUCACCAUAUAAGUUGGUGUUCGGGAAGGCCUACCAUUUGCUAGUGGAACUUGAACAUAGAGUGUGGUGGGCACUGAAACAGCUGAAUCUAGACAUCGAGGCUGCGGGCACAACGAGCAUCACAGAAUUGCUUGAGCUCGACGAGUUCAGACAUCUUGCUUUUGAGAGCACAAGGUCACGAUGGUCUGGACCAUUUAGAGUGGUCGAAGUUUUCCCUUCAGAUGCUAUCGAGAUUGCCACAGAGAAAGACUCUAGUACAUUUAGAUUCAAUGGGAAGAGAUUGAAACCAUAUGUGGGCAUGAGCGAACCAAAGGAAGUGUCUGAGCUACACCUGACUGAACCACAGAGGUCGAGCGAGCCUUAA